AUGGCGCUCAAGGACAAGAUCUCCUCUCCCCUCGAGGCGGGCCCAUCCGUCCUCGACGCCCAACAUGUCCCCCCUCAUCUUGCACCAGUCCUCGAAUAUACGUCUAGCCGGCUUGCGAAGAAGGCUGUCCACCUUACGCUCAUUAUCGUCCGUAGAGACUACCAGCUGCUCAACACAAACACAGUCGCUUCCUCAACGCCUCGGACGCCGGGCACCCCUCGAACGCCUCUAUCCCCUCCACUCACCGGCGGCAGCACCAGCAGUAGUCGCCUAGGAUUGUCCAGUCCCGUCGUAGCGUUGAAGCAUUUCAUGCGAUCCGCUUCGCAGCACGUCGUUGGAUCAGGCCGCUCAGCCCAAAGCCCGAGGAGUGCCGUUCCUCCCAUCUCACGCCCCUUCACAACCACCGAGCUGCCGAGUCCCAGGUUUCGAUGGCCGCUCUCACCCACCACGCCGUUGUCUCCGCCGCCGAUGACGCCGUCCACGGCAUCAUCGCUGACGACCAUUGAUAGCAACGGACCGCCAACCCCGACCUGCACGGGGCUUCGUUGCUUCUAUUCUGGCGACUUAUCCCCGCGAACAGAGAAGAUCCUGAAAAGCACUCUCAUCAAGGCGGGGAAUAAGUUUGGCGUCGGGAGCGGAUGGCUUGUACCCUUUACAAGCCCGAGCACCCGUGAGCUUGCAACCCAGCUCUUCCACAGCUCCGUCGUCCAAAACGAGAUCCUCUUCUCGUCCGACGGCCUGACCCUGCUGACUCUCGAUCGACUGUACAGCAUCAAGAGCGCUCUAUCAAGCUACUCCAAGACAGGUUCCGCGCUCAUGCUGGAAGAUGCCGUUGACGAACUGCGCCGCUUUGUCCUGGCCCACAAUGGUCGUCGAGUAACCAGAUCUGACCUCCUUCGGUCAUUCGACUGGCUGAGCGUCAGCAAUUCCGCCAUCAUGGAUCUCGAUCGCAUGUAUCAAAGAGCAUACGGCGGAUAUGACCAGAUAGGAGGCAUCACCGGCAUGGCACCGGAAGUAGUGACUCAGCCAUUUGUGCUCGAUCUGCCGCCGAAAAGCAAAUUCGAAGACUGGGAAGACGGAAGCCUCAGUCCUUCGAGCACCAUCCUCGACGAGGACAUCAUAGGGGUCGCCGUGACGGCCGUGUCCUUUGUCAGACCACCAACCCCUCGCAGAAUCGGCCCUGCCUUGAAGCUGCAAACCGAUUUCUCCGCCAAAUCCAAGUAUCUGGACCUAGGAGACGAAGUGCCCCGGGAAGACGAAGACUCCGAGGACGAAGCCCAUACCGCACGGCCCGUGGACCAAACCGCUGCUGCCAUGUGGAAUAGCCGGCUGACCAUUGACCAGAUGCUCAGCCCGAACCAGGACCUGCAUUCACCGGCCAUAGGACCCAUGACUCCCCACGGAUACGACGACAUUUCCCCCGUAACGCGCGGAGAAUGGGGCUUCCUCAUGGGCGGAAAUGGGCUGCAGAUAGGGAAAACGGCAGCGGUAGAAACGUUUUGA